AUGCCGCAUCGCCACCCCCCUGGAGGACGACCUCGCCGGACCUCCCCGCAGGCCUGCCUCCUCCUCCCCACCGGCCUGCUUCCUCUCCGCUGUCAUCCCCGUCGACCACCCCGACCCCCGCUGCCCCCGUCCCUACGAAUCACGGUGAGGCCCCAGGCCUCUCCCUCCCCUGUCCCUGUGUGUGCGCACGCGCCCUCCCUCGCGUCGCGCGCCCCCUUUCCCCCGUGCGCCCCGCGCCCCGCCCCUGUCCCUGCAUCGCCGCGUGCCACCCCGCCCGGCGUGCCCCCCGCGCGCGCCCGAGCCUCGACUCGCUCUGCCGCGACGCUGCUCGCAACUCAUGACCUCCCCGACGUGCUCCUCCGCGCGCCCCCGUGCGUCGCCCCGGCAGCCACCGCGCGCGCGCCGCCCGUCGGCCUCACCGGCCUUGCCUGCCGCUAG